UUUCCUCCCGGAAGCUGAACACAGAAGCGAUUAAAAGCUACCAAGUUCGCGAUGUCAGGUGUCGAGGAAACUUCAAAUGAACCUUUAGGCGUAAAAGACGACAAAGAGUUUGACGUGGAGGCUGAAGACCACCUCGGGGAUGAUUAUUUUGCUGACCCGACUCGAUAUUUAUUUUACAGAGACAGAAAGGAGUGGGCUGACCUGGAGCCUGUUCCUCAGGAUGAUGGCCCAAAUCCUGUAGUGAAGAUCGCCUACUCUGAAAAGUUCUCAGAUGUUUAUGACUAUUUCCGUGCACUCCUGAAGAAUGAUGAAAAGAGCGAGCGCGCUUUCGCCUUGACAGCAGAGGCCAUUGAGCUGAACGCUGCCAAUUACACAGUUUGGCACUACAGGCGAGUACUACUGCAAGCCCUGUCAAAGGACCUGAGGCAGGAGAUGAGGUACAUUACUGCCAUCAUCGAAGAGCAACCCAAAAACUACCAAGUCUGGCAUCACAGACGUAUGGUCGUAGAAUGGUUGAACGACCCCUCGGAGGAAUUGGAAUUCAUUGCAGACAUUCUCAGCCAAGAUGCAAAGAACUACCACGCCUGGCAGCACAGACAGUGGGUCAUCCAGGAGUACAAACUGUGGGACAAUGAGCUGGAGUUUGUGGAGAGUCUCUUAGAAGAUGAUGUGAGGAAUAACUCUGCGUGGAACCAGAGGCAUUUUGUUAUUUCUCACACCACCGGCUUCUGCGAUCCAGCCAUAGUGGAGAGAGAGAUUCAGUAUUGUCUGAACCAGAUCAGGAAGGCUCCCCACAAUGAAAGUGCAUGGAACUAUUUGAAAGGGAUGAUGCAAGACAGAGGUCUGUCUACUCAGCCUGGCUUGCUGGAGAGAGUCCUGGAGCUGAAGGAGACUCACUGUUCACCUUAUCUUCUAGCAUUUCUGUUUGAUUGCUAUGAGGACGCCUUGGAGAACAGCAACCAAAAAGAAAAUGUGGAGGAAGAGGAACGAAAGGAAACUUUAAGAAAGGCUCUAGAAAUUUGUGAACUUCUGGCACUGAAGGACACCAUCCGUAAAGAGUACUGGCUGUUUUUGGGACGUUCUUUAAAGAGCAAAUCUGGAAGCAGUGGUCCCUCUGAUAAGCCUCUGGCAGAUGAUCCUGAACCGUCUGUCCCAGCCUCUGGGCAGCAGGAGAUGAGUUAAGAGACCAGCAGGAGACUCGCACCAUGUCCUCUCCUAUCCUGCUUCAUCAAUACUGUGCAGUUUAAUAAUAAUGUCAGUUUCCAUCAUGAAUAUGGCUGAAGAAGUUUUGUUAACUAACCACUAACAUGAGAUGACCUAGGUUGAAGGGAUUGAGCUGAAAUGUAACACACACCGCAAAUGUCAAUACACUUUAGUAUCAGACAAGCAACGCUGUGUUUCAAGCAUGGGAUAGCGAAGUCACUUUUUAUUUUACCUGAAAGAACUAGGACUAAAUAACUACAUAAUUAAGCUGUAUCAUACAUUUAGUCAGGUUAAUGUCGCCUUUAGAUGUAUUGGUGGCUGUUGUCAUUCUAUUUCCUAUCAGUCUGUGUUUAAUAGCAGUCCACAUGCAAUAGUACUAAUGAGGCUCUUGAGUGUGUUUGCAUGCAUACUUAAUUCAAUUUAAUGUCUUUGACUGAUUGUGUCUAGGUACACAUCUUAACUAAAUAUCUGGUUAGAGAGAAAUAAUCACUAUACCAGCAUCCUGGUAUGUUGAUUCAUUGUGUUGCUUUUAAAUAUAAUGUAGUUUGUUUUGUGGUAACUUGGAUGUUCUUCAAAUACAGGGAUAUUUUCUAAUGGACAUUCAUUAGUGCCUCUAAAUGAGACUUUAAAUGGAGUAUUGUGUGCAUGGAAACCCACUCUUUAUCUAAAUCCUGGAACUUUUUUUUUUUUACCUUCUGAUGGUGUUGGUCAGAGAAUAAAAAGCGCCAUGAAACAAAA